UGAUUAGCAUUGGCAAGACAAGAAACUGUAAGAGCAACCCGAUUUUUUAGAUUAAAGAAAAAUUCUUAUUUACUUGAAAGUAAAGUUUACUUUUAAAUUAAAAUGGAAUAAGCGCAAUGGCGCUUACAACAUUAAACCAAUGUAUGUGUUUGAAUUUUUACAGUAUACUUUCCAAGGCUGUUCAAACUGAAUAUUCAACCAUAUAUAAUUAUUUUGUAGUGAGAUCCAAAGAGGAACAAGAUAUUAUCUAGAGGGCCAAUCUGACUUUUCAUCCCAUGAGGCAAGGAACGUGUGGAGGCGCACAACAACAUAACGAAUUAGGCCACUGUGUGUGGGAAGCAACUGUCUGCUACCAAUAUAAGAAACAGUAUGUGUUCAAAUUGGCCUGUAAGUAAAAGCGACGGGCCUGAAGGACGAUGCAAAAUAGGACUGCUUUUCUUUACUCGGUUGUUAUAAUCGCGUUAUCCAUUGGAGUUGAAGCAACUUUAUCAACUGCCUCCGAAAGCAACGCAGUGCCACUCGCCAACAUCAACAAUGCAACCCAGACGGAGAAGAACAGCUUCCCUCCUGUGACACUGAAUAUAACAAACGAUGGGCCUACCAUCCUCGGGUCUAGAACAGUAUUCAAUGUAACAGUUCAAACUUCAGCUGCAGCUUAUAUUUCAUACCAAUGGGGGACAAUUAUACCAUAUCGCUGGAUGAGCUUGGAAACGUACAAUUAUUCAGUAAGGUUAGAAGUUGACUGGUGGAAAAUCACAGGAAGUAAAUCAGUGUAUUUUUACAUCGAUGCUUUGGAAAAGCAUACAGGAAAAUGGGUUCGAGUUGCCGUGAAUUCAUCAUCUGUCGAAGUCAUAGAUUUUUUGAGCAUGUCAACCACUCUAACACAGCACAAAAAGAUCAUCCAUGAUGGAAAAAUCGAGGCAGGAAUGGCAAAUCUUAUUGCAAAUAUUCAUGACCCCAGCAACUUCUUCAGAGGUUUAAUUGUACACUACACAUGGAUAUUUAAUGAUGGAACUCCAACCAAAUUUACAACCUGGAAUAGUAUGGAUCAUACAUUCAAAAGUGAAGGCUUGUUUUACAUACAGAUAUCUUCUACGCUUAGAAAGGAUGGAAAAUUGUACAGUGGACAAACUUCAUUUUAUGUCUCUGUCAAAGCUACACUUACUGGGUAUAUUCUAACAUGGAAAGAAGAUGAUCAUAAUCAUCCAAUGCUACCUUCAAAAGAAAAGAGCUUCCCAAUUGGACUAGUCAAUUUCCAGUUCAAACUUGUGGACAUAUAUUCCUCAUUUACAAAUGCUACAUUCUCAUACAUUUGGAAUUAUGGAGAUGGAACAAUAGAGGCAGCCUUGGGUAAUACCACACAUGUUUAUGAUGAUACUGGGCAUUUUGUUGUGGCAGUUGGAGUAUCUGCAUCUCAACAUGGAAGAGAAUACCAUAGCUUGCUUCAUAAAAACAUUUCAAUCAGAGAACCAAUAAAAGACUUAGAUGUCAAAAGUCAAUCAAAAUUGAAGAAAGGAAACAGAGUGCAAUUCAAUAUUUCGUGCAAAGGAAGUGCACCGUUGUCAUUUUGCUGGUAUGUAGCGAGAGGUAGCUGCAAACUGCCGAGUGACGUCAUAUGCAGUCCGACCCGUCUGUAUCACAAUUGUAAGAAUACUAUAAAUCUGACAUUUCACCGCAGUGGGGAUUACUGCGUCAAUGUGACAGUUAUCAAUACUGUAAGCUUUGCUGAGAAGUCAAUCAACGUUAAAGUUGCAGAAGAGACCGCCGAGAACAAACGCAAUCAUUCCGCGGUCACUGCAGCUGCUGUUUUGCCGAUUAUUGCUGGCCUGCUCCUGUUUAUCGUUCUUUUUCUUGGAAUUAAACACAAAAUGCAGCAUCGCAAAAGACUGGCUAGGAAAUCCGAAGUCGCCACGUUUGACUUUCGCAGCUCUCAAUUUUCUCUUCACGGAUCUGCUGGAUGUUGUUGCCCUUUCUUGAUGAACUGCAAAUGUUUUUGUCCUAAUGACGAUGAUCCUGAGGAAGAUCAUGAAAUGGAAGAGAGGCGAACGUUCCUUGAAGAGGAGCCAGGUUCAAUAACCCCAAAAAGGAAAAUUAGCUACUAUGGCUCAAUACACAGAAUUCUAGGCCAAUGCCAGGUUCACACAUCUCACCCUGAAGCUAAAGAAGAUGACCAGUCACCAUUUACGCCACGUAGAAAUUUAUCUAAAAGUGUUUGAAUUGGUUGAAACCCCUUUCGGAAAUAGAUAGCUCAUUUCGCAAAAUUUAGAAAUUUGAUUUUUAAAGACAUUUUAGUAUAUUGAUAUUUUUCUUUAUUAUGCAUUCAAUUUAAUUCAAAAUGUCACUCAAAUAUGCAACGUUCAUGUCAAUUGCAGCCACAGAGGGUUUUGCUGGGUUAAUUCAAAUCAUAUACAUUAUAUCGAGUUUAAUUUCUGUAUAGAAUAUCAGUAAUGAUGUUGAACUUUGAACUCAUAUCAUAAUGGCAGGGGAUGCUGCAAAAACGUUUAGUCGGGUAUGGUCUGAUGUAAAGCACAAGAUUCUAAAGCAUGAGACCUUAAGGCACGACACUUUAAAUCACGAGCCUUUAAACAGGACUCUAACAGGAGUUUGCAGCUGUCGUAUUCAUUGAAAUCGGUGAAAAGUCAAAAUGUAAAAAGUAAGGUAUUACUAGAAAAAUCAACAAUAUGGAAUGGAUGAUAAUUAUUUUGGCUAAAACCCCGCAACCGUUGUAUUAUUAAAUACAGUAUACUCUCGUUAAGUUGGACCCUGGAUAAGUAGGACGCCCGCUAUGUAGUACAGAUUUUCCCGGUCUCUUGAACUUUUCAAGCAUUCGGAUAAGUAGGACGCCCCCUAAGAAGUACACUUUGCUCAGUCCCUCUAGUGUCCCACUUAACGAGAGUAUACUGUAUUAGUGCAAAAGGCGUUUAGCUUAUUGAGAUUUCCUUUUGAAAACUGUUGCAAAGACUCUGGCUAUAAAAAGGAAUACUAAAUAAAUGAGUAGUUAAAGAUUCAGCUUCCUAAAUUUUUUAUUGCAAGGGUAUGAAUACAAAAUUGCCGCAUAACGAUUAUUUUGGAAAACAAUUCAGAAAAAUGAAAAGCCAGCUAUGAAUUACCAUUUUAAGUUAUUUUGUUUGGUAUUACCUUUUAAGAAAAUUGCUUUAAUGAAAAUAACAGGAUUUUGAUAAUUUUAAUUCAAAUAAUAAAAAGCCAGAGAAUUUUAAUUUCUUAUUAUGAAUGUUAUUAUUUUACUUCCAUUUGAAAUUUUGAUGCACCUUGGCAACCAUUCACUUUUUAUGUUUUAUAUAUUGAAUUUGUUAGAAUCCUUUGUUAAAGAUUUUAUUUGAUAAACAUCUCCAUCUUUUAUAAUUGUUACUAUGUAUUCACGACGUAUAUUUUUCAAACUAAUUUCAAUUACCUUAUUUACCACACAGCAAAUUAAUUUAGAUACAAGAUUUUUCUUUCUUUUGUUUUAUCUAAUUAUUGAGAAUUCUUUUUGUGUGGCAGCUAUGCCAAUUUCAAAUCCAUUUACAUUUUCUUUCGUAAUUUCCCUAAUUUCUAUUAAACACCGAUAAUGUAAUAAAACAAAUGACUCUGCAAGAAUCCCUAUGUUCUUUCUACAUAACAUUUUCAGGUAUGAUGGUAGCAGCUAUUAGUAAAUAAACACACCAAAAACACUGGUGACUAGAAAAGCUGGACGUGCAUGCAUUGAAAAACUGGUACCAUUGAAUUCCUUUUACAAGAUUUUUUACGAUGCGCAACAUUUAUCCUUAGUUUUGCUCUAUAGAGACGGUUUGUUCAACUCCUGAAAAUCCAUCACUAGGGCCUUCGAAUUAAAAACCUGAUUUAGUAUAUCAAAUUGAAAUGUCUCUUAUAUCUUAGGUCUAUGACCGCUUUUCCAUCUCUCUCUGUUUUCAUUCCUCCAAUUUAUGAAUAACAUUUAGUUAUGAUGUCAAGUCAACUAGAAUCACUGGCUUGCUUUAAGAUAAUAAUGUCAAGUAUUGUAAUAUAAGAAAGAAUUUUAUGAAGUAAUGAUUAUACAUGUUUGAUUAAAUGCUGUAUCAAAAUUCGCUUUUGUAUUAUGAAGUCAAUAAAAAAAUCAGGUGAAUUUGUAACUUCAACAUUUUUCUUUGCGUUGUUACUUUGCUCAGAGGAGCUGCGUCACUUCACGUCAAUACGAUCUAGAUCUAAUGUUAUGGCUUUCAAGCCAACUAAGAGCAAGCUAGUAGCACUUUAUUGUAUUAAUAACCUAAUGUAUGAUACACGGUAGGCUACAAGGAUAUGAAAGUAUGUGAUAACGAGAACAGAAAACUUCUAAUCGUAACAAAUGCAUAAUCGUCAGCAUUUGGUACCCUGUUACCCAGCCAAUUCAUCCAAGGAAUUUGGAAUUCCAUCCUUCGAAACCGGGUUAGGAGGCUAGCCUUUCAGCUUGGUUUUUCUUUGCACAAAUCAAAAGAACAUUCAAAAGAAGUUUCUUCUUUCCAGGCACAAGGAAUACAAAAUAUGAAAAAAGAAAGCCUUUUUCUAGCAGAUUCUUGUAGGCAAAAUGGUUUCUUGAAUCUCGCAAACAACGUGCGUGGACAGCGCCGAAGAAGAAAUUGAAUUAUAAACAAUUUGAAACUGGAAGAUGUAAUUCCACCUUAUAACAGAACUAGGAAGGAAAACGUUCUUUGGAUGGUACCCUCUGUUUUCCUAUCAUGGGAUUUUUUAGUGCUACAGAGGUUUUUCUUUGCUAGUCUCUGGCUUUCUUUGAAAGGCAGUUAUGACGAGGGUGGACUUAAAUGUAGAAUACACUAAUUAUAAAUAAAUUGUUUUCUUGUCACAUUAGACUUCUAUUCUAAUCCCUAAACCUAUGGUCACAAACCUAUGGUUACAAAUUUCCUCAACCUAUAAUCUCGAAGCUUAAAAUCUGAUAUAAACCCUAAAUGUAAUUACC